CACACACUUCUACUGAAAACUUCUGCUCCUGCUUCUGCUGACAGCCAGGAACCCUCCACACCUCAACCAUGGCCUGCUACAACCGCUGCAGUCCCUGCGGACCCACCCCACUGGCCAACAGCUGCAACGAGCCCUGUGCCCUGCAAUGCCAGGAUUCCCGCGUCAUCAUCGACCCUGCCCCUGUGCUGGUCACCCUGCCAGGACCCAUCAUGACCUCCUUCCCCCAGAACACUGCCGUCGGAUCCACCUCCUCCGCUGCUGUGGGCACUGAGCUCAGUGUGCAGGGACAGCCCAUCUCUGGUGGCUUUGGUGGCUUUGGCUAUGGCCUUGGCUAUGGCCGUGGAUUUGGCUACGGGCUGGGAGGCCUGGGCUGCUAUGGCAGAAGGGGAGGCUACAUCUGCUAAGGGACCUCAGCACCACCCCUGACACCACCAGCUCAGAAGUCUGCAAAAACUGCAAGCCAAUCUCCUUGGCUGAUGGUUGCUGUACUUGCACCUUAUACUGGAUCCCUUAAAUUCCUGCCUCUUCAUUCCUUUGCCUCAAUAAACUUUACCUGCAUCAAAA